AUGACUGCAGCGGCUUUCUAUAUUCCGCUUUGGUUUCAGGUCGCACGUGGGGUUUCUGCCGAAAAAUCCAGGGUCCGCACGCUGCCGAUGGUUCUCGCAACAACAGUAUCGGCCGGCCUCACUGGUGUGUGCGUCGAAAAGCUAGGGUACUACACCCCCUUCAUGUUUUGGGGGGCUUUGAUAGAAGCAGUAGGCGCAGGCUUUCUUAGUACAACAUCCACCAACACUUCCUUUCGCACAUUCGCAGGUUUCCAGAUUCUCUUCGGCAUCGGCGCUGGCAUCAGUUUGCAGCAACCACUCGUGGCGGUACAGACCGUCUUGCCAAAGGAAGACAUCCCAAAAGGCUCAGCACCCGUCUUGCUAGGCCAGACCUUGGGAUGUUCAAUUUUCGUAUGUGUCGCGCAGGCUGUCCUUACAAACGGCUCACAGCACCAGCUCGCCGCAAUCCAGGAUCUCUCUCCUCAAACACGAAAGAUUGCAAAAACAGGUCCAGCUGCGUUCUGCUCGGAAGUGCCGGAGGAUCUGCUGCCAGCGGUGCUGAAAGCUUAUAAUGGAGCCAUUGCUGGAACCUUUUGGGUUCCUAUGGGGCUUUCGAUCCUUGGAUUUGUGCUUGCGGUAGGUAUGGAGUGGAGGAGCGUCAAGAAGGAAACAAGUUCUUGA